UCCAUUGGCUGAGGCGCACGUCCGUCAGCCCUUAUUCCUGAUACAAGUGAUGGGACGUUGACGGUGGUGGGCGGGCGCAGCUUAGAAAAUUGUAAGGUCAUUUGAAUUACGUUCGCCAGCGAGGUGAUCGGCGGCAAUGAUCCCAGAAAUGCUGUCAGCGGCGGGAUGAUGAUGAUCGCGGGGUCAAAGUCGACGCGCACCGUCACGCGAAUCUGACUCCCGAUCAGCCGGAGGAGAGGAGCAGCGGCUCGGUGUGGCAUUUGCAGGAGGGGGGGAUCCCGGUGCGUGUGUCUCUGUCCGUGUGAGCCUCCGUGGAGCCAGGCGAGCGGCUGUGAGAGGCGGAGGGGGCGACCGGGCUAACGCGUAAGCCGAUCAAGGUGGAAUCGCACACAACGAAUUUACGCGUCAGGGGAUUUCUGCGCACAUACAUGCUGUGACGGUGCGAGCCCAGUGCAAGGAUGAUGCGUCUAGGGUGCUGCACAGCCCUGCUGUUUGUGCUGAGGCUGCUGGUGGGCUUGCCCUGGUACCAGGUUCUGCCGGCCAUCCUGAUCUUCUAUCUGGGAAGCGGAGGAUGGAGCUUCCUGCAGAUUUUUGCCAAAACUAUCGGCAGAGACUUACAUGCGGCAAGUGUGUUGUUGCGUGUGAAGAUGAACGUCAGACGUCACCUCAAACAGAAAAACACCCUUCCCAAGAUCUUUGCUGAGACAGUGCGUCGCCACGGUGACAAGACGGCACUCAUCUUCGAGGGGACGGGGGAGAAGUGGACCUUCCGAGAGUUGGACGAGUACUCCAACAGAGUGGCUAACCUGCUGCUACAACGGGGUUUCAAGGAGGGUGAUGUGGUGGCCCUCUUCAUGGAGAACAGGUCCCAGUACGUGGGCCUCUGGCUGGGCAUGGCCAAGAUCGGAGUAGAGGCCGCUCUCAUCAACUUCAAUCUGAGACUAGAGGCCUUGGUCCACUGUGUCACCAUCUCCAAUGCCAAGGCUGUGGUCUUUGGCGCCGAGCUGACUGAUGCUGUUUGCGAGGUCCACAGUUCAAUGGGGAAGGCGGUGCAGACGUUCUGCUCCGGAGACUGGGACCCCAAACGAGUCCCACAGGGCACCGAGUGCCUCGAGCCCCUGCUGGCUGCGGCCCCGUCCCACCUGCCCAGCCGGCCCCUACGCUGCUUCACAGAUCGCCUAUUCUACAUCUACACAUCAGGAACCACUGGGAUGCCUAAAGCUGCCAUUGUUGUGCACAGCAGGUACUACCGCAUGGCAGCUCUGGUAUAUUACGGCUUCAGGAUGACGUCAGACGAUGUGCUGUAUGAUUGCCUUCCACUCUACCACUCUGCAGGAAACAUUGUGGGAGUGGGCCAGUGUUUGAUCCAUGGCAUGACUGUAGUCAUCAGGAAGAAGUUUUCUGCCUCGCGUUUCUGGGACGACUGCGCCAAAUACAACUGCACUAUUGUGCAGUACAUUGGUGAGAUCUGCAGAUACCUGUUGAACCAGCCAGUGCGGGACACAGAGCAGCGGCAUCGGGUCCGCAUGGCGCUGGGUAACGGCCUUCGCCAGAGCAUAUGGGAGGAGUUUAUGAACCGCUUCAAUAUCCCGCAGAUUGCAGAGUUCUACGGAGCCACAGAGUGCAACUGCAGCCUGGGCAACUUCGAUAACAGGGUCGGAGCGUGUGGCUUCAACAGUCAGAUUUUACCCUUCAUCUACCCCAUCAGACUGGUGAGGGUUGAUGAAGAGACCAUGGAACUCAUUAGGGGGCCUGACGGCGUCUGCAUUCCCUGUAAACCUGGCGAGCCUGGCCAGCUCGUAGGCAGGAUCAUUCAGAACGACCCUCUCAGGAGGUUUGAUGGCUACGUCAACCAAACGGCAACCAGCAAGAAGAUUGCUCAUAGUGUCUUCAAGAAGGGAGACAGUGCCUAUCUCUCCGGCGAUGUGUUGAUCAUGGACAUUUACGGCAGCAUGUAUUUCAAGGACCGGACAGGAGACACUUUCCGCUGGAAAGGAGAGAACGUCUCCACAACUGAGGUGGAGGGAACGCUCAGCAGGCUGCUAGAAAUGAAAGAUGUAGUUGUGUACGGAGUGGAAGUACCAGGAGCAGAGGGAAAGGCUGGCAUGGCAGCCAUCGCUGAUCCGUCUAACAACACAGACCUGGAGAAGUUCGUGAAGGACAUGGAGAAGGCGCUGCCUCCGUACGCCAGACCCGUGUUCCUCCGCUUCCUUCCUGAGGUCAACAAGACAGGAACAUUUAAGUUUCAGAAGAUGGAUAUGCGUAGGGAAGGCUUUGAUCCGAGCGCAGUGCCGGACAGACUCUACUUCAUGGAUUCCAGCAGAGGGCGCUAUGUGCGGCUGGAUGAGGAGUUUUACAGCUCAAUACUGUCAGGGAAACACAAAUUGUGAUGACUAGGCUGACGACUACAUUUAUACAGACACACUCACACUCACACACACAUACAGAGGGAGGAACAUAUAUUGAGAGCAGAACGCAGAACCUUGUCCCAGCAUACACAUACAAAGUAAUAGCCAUACAAAUUCACAUGUGCUCAUUCUAAUGCCAACACACAAUGUUUUAUUCCCAAGCUCACUUAGCUCUAGCACGCUGCACACACACACACACACACACAGCACUAUUCCAAUUAUCCCUCCUGAAAUCUCCCCGGCAACUCCUCUCCCUACCUCAGCAAACACAGAGAUGCACAAACCCAGCGACCAGGGCUAUUUGGUAACUUGAGACCACUCUUCAUCGCCACAUAAUCCCGGUGCACACAGCUCUCAAACAGCCCACCCCCCCACGGUGUGUUCAUCAUGAUCCACUGAACCAGAUGUUAUGGGGGGGGGACACCACGGGUGGCUGGGAGAGGAGGGGGGUCGUCAGGAGUACAGGCUGCCUGGCAUCUUGAAUGCAAAAACUUGAAACUUACAGAAAACCACAAACUUUCUGGAUGAUGAAGAGGAAUAUGGAUUCAGAACACAUUGGAGGGACCUACAAGGACCUAAUCUCUCUCUCUCUCUCUUUCUCUGAUCGCUAUUUUAACAAUGUUGUUUUUUUUGGAAAAACUGGAGCCUCGAUCAUUGACUUCACCUGCACAAUCAGCCAGCAGUGACAAACCUGUGACAACCACACCUUUAUCUGAAAUGACCCCUCUGGUCUCCUCUUCUUCAUUUCCAGUUUGCACUGAAAGUGAAGGAGGGACACCACGAUGAAUUGUAAAGGGAACUCAUAAACAUGUGAAGUACAGAGGUUGAAUCAGACCAGUGGUUCCAGCUGAAGGGUUCACUAAAGUGCAAUAGGGCUCUGAGCUCCUGCAGUGCAAUAAUCAGCCGCACCACACCAGAGCUGAUAUAAAACAAGUCUUUGCGUUUAAAUAUGUCUGCAUCACACCAAAUAUAUUUAAGUUGUAGUGUUUGUUUACAUAUUUAAGAAUAGUUUUAGUAAUUUAUGUUGUAAAAGCUUUCUUCUCUCGUUGUCGUGACAAAUGUAUCAGGGGUUUUUUCUUUUUUGUAUCUCUAUCCAAAUCGGUUUCAUGCAUUUUAUAUCAGCGGCUCAAUAACACAUACUAAAGUGAUCUGACUGAUUCAACCCUGGGCUAAACACAUGGGGCUUUCUCCACUCACAGCGCUGGUCACUGACUGAGCUGGCGUACAGCGAGAUCGUGCCGCCGUAUUGUGCAGGUUGGUUGUUAAACGUAGACGUAUCGUACGUUGUGCGAAUAUUCUUCUGAAACACUCGAGUGAAGAGAGAGAAGCUCUUGUGUGUUUUUUUGAAGUAUUUUCUGUCGCUAAAGCGGGAUGUUCUGCCAGAUUCAGGAGAGCCGAACGAUCCAAAGAUUCAAGGGCAUGGAGGAGGGACACUGUAUUGAAAUAGAAGAAGAGGAAACAUGUGCUUCGUCAUCGAUUUUGUCUUUUGUCCGAAGUAGCCGUCAUCGGAGGUCGCAGCAGCAUGAAUGAGCGUCAUCGACCACAAGCAGAGCACUGUGCCUUACUGUGAGUUCACCUCCCAGAUUCACAGGCCCUGGCCCACACAUAGUGUCUCAUAUGGUUCCCUGCGCUGGACGUUUACCUUCACUCUUCUCCUUCAGCUUCUAUCGUCCAUUAUCUCAUGAGCUUUUAGAUGUUUUCUGUCCUAGGGGCCUCUCAAAGCGACUGACCCCUUCAUCUGGUCAAGCUACAGGACGGGUUUGAGUUCACGUCUCACUGGGCAAGAGUCCCAAUGUUUUGAGGCUGCUUGAAAUGUCAAGGAUUCUGUCUUCUUUACUUCCUCCCUCUGAUCUCUCAAUCGUGACGGUAACUUUAGUUGUCCUGACGAUAUCAUUCACCCACGUUACCGUUUGCUCAGCACCUUUACUUUAGGCCUUUAUCGUCUUUCUGCCAACCCCCUCCGUCCUCUCUUCCCUCCUUCUCUCCCUCUACCUGCUCGAAGAGCCACAGUCCGAGGAUCCAGCCGGGAUCAGGUGCCUGACCCCUGGUUGGAUCCUCUGCCUCGUCUGGAUUCUUAUUCUCUGCCACGUCUGCUUCAGACAAAAGUAAAAACUGUAGUUGAAUAGAUUUAAAAUAUUGGCGUUCUUUAAAAGUUUGUCCUUAUUCUUUUGUCAACACAAAGUUCCAACUCAGAAUCUGUUUUCAAGUAUCUUUUCCCGAUGUGCGUUGUGUGUAGUUUGCAAUUACUUUUUUUUUUUCUUAUCUUUGCAACUGACCACAUCCUUAGUCAGUGGCCGUAAAGCGAGGCAGGUUGUUGCCAACAUUUAACGUCUGGCUCUAAUUCUUCAUACGCUUCACUCUGGCAAUGCUUUUUGACUCUCAAUAUGUUUCCAUGGCUUUACUUUGAUUCAUUUUUUUUGCACUGACUGACACAGUUGACCUUGAUGUCUGCUGACGCUGUUCAUCAAAGUUGCUCUCACUCCUCAUUUCCCAGUUUAUUUUGGGUGGGGGGAGAAAAGACCAACGAAGCCAUUUGACAGAAAUUGAGAAUCAUCCCUGCUUCCUCUGUAGUCUUAGUUCUGAGUCCCUCUCUCACAGGUUCUUUAAUGAUGGGCGUGAAAUGUUCACAAGAAUGUCUGAAAAGCUAAAUGAGCGACCAAUGAUGAUGAUGAUUUUGUAAAGUGUCAUUUACGAAGGGAACGCAGUUUGGCUGUUAUGAUGCUUCUGACCGAGGGUUGCGCUUGUCGAACCCCGACCACCAGGGGGCGCGUGACUACACAGCCUCAUAGACGAGCACUCUGAAUAAGAAGUUUCCUUUUCUUUGUUUUUUAUGAGUUUAAAUUAUUAUUUUUGAGAAACUGUUGAUUAUACUUUUGAUUGUUUCACUGGUAUUUGUGUUCGUUCUUCUUUUCUUUGCGUGAAAUUGCAGCUUUUUUUGCGGCUUUGGUAUAAAAAGGGGACAAGUGAGUGGAAGACAAUCAAACAGUUGAUUUCUUUUUUUUGUUUAUUCUAAAUGUUUGGCACAUGGAACCAGCCGGGACUCUUUCCUUUCUAGAUGAGUUUGGCCAGGAGCCUGUUUACCAUUUCCCAGAUGCUGUAGGUCAAUGCAGGAAAGGGCCUUGCAGUGGGUGAAGGGUCUGUGGGGACAGGCUGCGUCGAGGUUUUGAGUCACCCGUUUCACCAGAUGGGGGCACUGUGACUUCCCUCAUACUUUUAGUAAAGUUGAAGAGAACCCAUUUAUCGCGCAGCCCUUGGAUAAACUAUUAAAAGGACCCAAUUGUUUCAAAUUAAACUGUAACAGAAAAUAAAUGUGUUGAUUUAAAUGAAAUCUAACAUGUAUUUCAAAAUGUGGAUUUAUUUUCCCUGUCAAUCGUUUUCCAAAUUUAGUUUUUUUUCAUGUUUCAGUUGGCCUGUACAUAUCACCAAUCUUAAAAAUCUUCCCUUUUACAUUUUUGAUUCAAGAGUUUGUCAAACAAAUUAUAAUUGCCCAGCUUCUUUGUACAUUUACUUUAUUCACAUUAUUAAUCGACAGAUGAAAAACCAAUUUCACGCCUGCCCCAAAAACCCUGAGAUAGUACGUUGUGUCACUCCGUGGUGAUUGAAGUGUGUGUGUUGAUGUUCAAGUUUAUUCAGUUGAGCUCUAGUGAAAGUGAAAAUAUUUUUCAGGCGUCUCAUACUGAGAUCAGUGAAGAGAAGUCUCGAGAUGGAAAAAAUGACUUGUGAAGUUCAGGAUUAUUAUGUGAGGGUCAUUACACUGCAGACAGGCCACAGAUCACAACCCCUAACUGAGGACUUUGUGUCCAAGUGUCUCUCUGGUCUCCUCAUGUCUCCGAACGACAUCACUCAACCUGCUUAUUGCGCUUUUUGUCUUUUUCUUGCUGUCGUGUUCCUCCGAAAAAAGUGCUAGAGAAGGAAACUGGUUUGUACAUGUCUGCGUGUGUGUGUGUGUGUCUGUCUGAGCGUGUGCAAGUGUGUGUGUGUGUGUGUGUGUGUAUAUAGGGGAGGUCUGUGAGGUGAGUGUGAGACACACACACUGAUGUCCUCUUGUCCACAGAAGGCGAGCUGUAUACGUCAUGCAUUUGAAGAAGAUGAGAUAAAAGCCCUGCUGCAAAUGGAAAAUCAUUAUUAAUAAAAACUAUUUAAAUUGUU